GGUUCACUCUUUGAAUAUAGUAGUUCUUCUGCAAACCAUGGUCGUCCACGAAGAAGAAGCGGUCCAGUUGCCAUGUACGGUUCUGGAAACGGGGCUCACACCUGCAGAUAUACAGGAGCUGUUGUCGCUUAUGCAGUCAGGAAAUGAAGAAGAUGAGACCAGCCCGAGCUCCGGUUCACAAGGCUCGAGCCGGGAGGUUUACUCCAAUGACGAGAGAAAGCGCAGGCGGAUGCAGUUGAACCGGGAGUCGGCCCGACGGUCUCGCUGGAGAAGGAAGAGACAUUUAGAGAACCUGAACACUCAAGCGAACAGCUUCUCAAUUGAAAACCAACAGCUCAAAAACCGGCUAGGUCUCGCCAUGCAUCAACUCCGUCUAGUAUGGUUAGAGAAUGAACGCCUGAGAACCGAAUCCGUGGCCCUCCUGGCCAGACUUUCUGAUCUGUACUUGAUUCUAGGCUCCAUGAAUUCGCAAAAAGCGUUGAGCCAUAUUAAUUAUUAACAUUACGGUAACAAAAAGGUAUAUUAUAAGUACGUAUUACGUGGUCGACGUCCCCCGUUAUAUAUUGUAAAAUAAAGCUGUGGAACGAUCGAUCCGAGUAGCUAGAAAAUGAUCUGAAACGUAGGAACUGAUUGGCGAGCGCAUGAAAUCUGCUCGAUAUAUUAAAUGAGAGAAAAAUAUCGGUGGUUAGCUUAUUGUUAUAGCUUGCUACUUGUUUCCUUUCUUUCUCAGGAGGAGAAAAUGUAGUGUGCUUCUUGAAGCCCCACGUUGUUGGAAGUAAAUUAAUGUAAAGAUUUAAGUGUCUACUUUUG